CUCUCAGGAAAAGGGAUAGUGUAGGCUACUUCCCCAAAUCAGUUUUGAGCUGUAGAGGUGUUUUCAUGCGUUUUCUAACCACGGACACAGGUGCGCGUCUGGUGUUUGUCUCCAGAGCUUGGAGCUGCCGCAGACUCGAUACACUGUUUUAAAGCGGCAGAUAGUGUGUUGCAGGUUAAGAGGGGAAGGGGCUAUUAGCUUUUUCCAGUAGCUUCUGGUCCAUUGGAGUGCAGGCCCAGUUAGAAUCAGCCUCAGAACACCUCAGCGCAUCUCAUGGACGUCUUCAGCUGCGCCUUAGCUGUGCUUCUGUGCACUAUUGUGGUGAGUGGGAAGCCCAUGGUACGAAAAGAAAGAGUCAUCCACGACCCAGAGACUAUGAGACAAGCCCACGAAGAUAAUAAAAGCUUCCAGUUCGACCACGAGGCUUUUCUGGGCAAAGACGAAGCCAAAACAUUUGACCAGCUCACACCAGAGGAGAGCAAAGACAGGCUUAGUAAAAUUGUGGACCGUAUUGACCUUGAUGCAGAUGGCCUUAUAACUACAACUGAACUGAAGGCUUGGAUAAAGCGCGCCCAAAAACGCUACGUAUAUGAAAAUGUGGCAAAGGUGUGGGCAGACUACGACCUCAACAAAGACAACAGAAUUUCAUGGGAUGAGUAUAAACAAGCGACCUAUGGAUAUUACCUUGCCAACCCUGAAGAGUUUCAGGAUGCAUCAGAUCAGUUCAACUUUAAGAAGAUGCUGCCUCGUGAUGAAAGAAGGUUUAAGACCGUUGAUCUGAACAACGACAAUGUGGCGGACAAAGAGGAAUUUACAGCCUUUCUUCACCCAGAGGAGUUUGACCACAUGAAAGAUAUCGUGGUUCUGGAAACCCUGGAGGAUAUUGACAAAAAUGGUGAUGGACAUGUGGAUGAGGAUGAGUACAUUGCGGAUAUGUUUGCUCAUGAGGAAGGCGGCCCUGAGCCAGACUGGGUCAAAACUGAGCGGGAGCAGUUUUCUGACUUCAGAGAUUUGAACAAGGAUGGUAAAAUGGACCUGGAUGAAAUCCGCCACUGGAUCAUGCCUCAAGACUAUGACCACGCUCUGGCUGAAGCCAGGCAUUUGGUCCAUGAGUCAGACCAGGAUAAGGAUCAAAUGUUGACUAGGGAAGAAAUCCUUGAAAACUGGAACAUGUUUGUGGGAAGCCAAGCUACCAACUAUGGAGAGGACCUCACCAGGAACCAUGAUGAGCUUUGAGAGGAAACAACUACUUUCAUUGAACUCUUUUUUUGCCAACAACUAUCACCCUCCUCCACGGGACAGAAUUACACUGUGACUCAGAGCAAGAGCAGGUCUGGCCUCGUCCCUCAGCUAAACUAAGGCUGCCAUUAUAGAUCAUGUUUCUGACAUUCAGAGACUGAACUGGUCCAAGUGGACACGGUUAUCAACAGUGGUGCCUUUAGUUGUGUCUCUGGCAUCUGUGUAGAUGGGGAGUUUUAGAAUUUAAUGUGAAACUGCAGCUCCAACAAUGACUGUUUUUAUUUAUUUAUAAGAUUGGGGAAAGUGUUACUGUUCACCAAUGGUUUCUCAAAGGUGUUAGUAUUUUUUACUUGUUUUUGUUGCCAAAAAAUGUUUUUUUUUUUUUUUAUGAUUUGAUUAUUUUAGGUAGGACAUUUGUGUCUUGAAUUGCCUGUGAACUAUUCUUUUCUUUGGUGUUUUAAAAUAUGAAUCAACAGAGGUCUGCCUCUUACUUGUGAUGUUAGCAGCUUUAGAGCUAUCGUAGAAAUCUUACACUUUUUAUUUGUCUUAUACUAAAUACAGGGAUACAACACUCUUAUUUUAUGGCAUUGAGUGUGUGGGUCUUUAAUGUGUUAAAUGAGUUAUUUGUUGUCAUUGUAACUUCUGCAAAUUCUAUUUCAAAAUGAACAUUUAGCCUAUUAUUCAAAUUCUUCCAGGCUUGUCGAAGCCACUUAAAGCGGUACACUGAAGUCUUUAUUCAUUCACUCCACACUUUCGAUGGCUUUGGGUUGGAUGACUGCUCUAACCACUGAGAGACUGUCCCCCCAGUAAAUACCUAUUUACUCUGAUCAAAGGUAAGGAUAAAAGACAGAACACUAGAAGUACAGCUCAAAAAGCAUGGUCUAUGUUGUUUAGCUUAUACAAAUAUUUUCUGCACUUGACUAAUUGCACUCAUUGCAUAGUCCUGAGUGAACAGAGGAAACGGAGCCGGGCAGACUUGAGUUUGCUGCUGGCUGUUGUUGUUGCAGGACUCUUACAUGUAACUGAGAAAGUCGUUCUGCCACCCAGCCUGUCCCUUCUGUCUGCUCAUGUGGAACAUAUGGAUAUAUGUGUGCCAGUUAGCGGGGCAAUUCAAGCGAGACCAAUCCAAUAAAACUCAUUAGAAGAAGUAUGAGACAGACCUAUGAAUGUGUGGGAUGUGCUGCACUUCAGUUUUGAAAUAUCAAGUCAGACAGAGACACUGAAAGUAGUUUUUUGUGUGUGUAUAAAGUUAUUUUAAAGGGUGUCAUUAUUGGGAGUGAACAAAGAAUAGGUACUGAUGUGUUUUAGAUAAGAUCGAUGCAAAAAUAAAAUACAAUUAGUCAUUAGUC